AUGAGGUAUAUCACCUCAUUACUGAUCUCUAUCGCAAGUAUCGCAACAUGUGUGGACAAAGCUCUGACAGAUGAGGCUCAUCACAUGGAGAAAGAAGCUCUCCUGGAAGAAAUAUUCAAGGAAGCAUUCAUGAUGGCGCCUGAGGUGACCGAUGGAUCUUGGAAUCAGAAGCGUGCGUUCUCAAGACUAGUGACAAACGUCGCUGCCACUUUCGAUGUUGAAGGCUACAAAUGGAUGCUGGGUGUCAUCAAAGGACGCAGGGCAACUGAGAGGUUUACUCAAGCAGUGGCUCAUCGUACCUUCAGUCAGCCUCACUGUGACAAAGGCAGCUGGGUCAGCCCAUCGCAUACCUUUGGAAGUGUAGCGAAAUUCCCGGGAGGGCCAUUCAGAGGUGGCACCGGAUACGAUCUAGUGAGAUGGAUGGGUAAUCUUUAUACGCAUGUCCACUCGCCGGCGUCGGCCGAUACCCCUGGAGUGGAAAAUAUGGUCAUCCAAGGACUUCAACAGGUGAAGGGUAUUCUGCAAACCGUUAUUGCUAUUAUCGUCGAUAUUGUUCCGCCGACUAUUAUCGGACAGAACUUGCCGUGUCUACCGAUGCUAACGGGAUUAAACUGUCUGGGAUCGGUAUUGUACCCGAUAACGGCAACAGACUUCGUAAUGGCGGAUAUGACAGAUUCAGUUAUGAACGGGGUGAUCUCUUCAUUCCCUGCUAAGUACGCAGCCAAGGUCGGGCACACAAGUGAUGCACAGUAUUACCUGUGCGCCACUGUAUAUCUGGGAAUGCAUUGUGCAAGCUUGUUUCCUAUAUGUAUCACAGGUGCUGCCAACGUCACGCAAUCAUUCCCUUUGUGUUUCGUCCAGUGCAUCGCCACUCUGAUAGCGUGCCCGGGGUUCUGGAUGGACGAUAUUGAAAUACCGUGUCACAACCUGUCUGUGCCACCAUUCUGCUCGUUCUCUGUAUUUGUAAAUUACUUCAGGAUACCUCCACAGUACAGCACGUAUGACCAGUCGCAUUUGUACCCCGAGGGAUGUCCGCAGUACAACCCUAAUAUCGAUGCUCCACUGGAUCUAUAUGAAAAGAAGGGGCCGCCAGACUCGGCCAUAGCGAAGGCAGCUAAAGAGAAACCUCUAGAAGAGUUUCAUCUACAACGGCCUCAAGCGGAGGAAUUGGCUGGUGCGUGUGAUUGCGAAGCCCUCAUGGAGAUUUGCAAGCUGCACAUACCAUAUCCGGUUUAUGUUAAUGCCAAUCGCAGCACGGCGGAGACACACUACGAGGUACCAGAGCGUAUUGGUGACCACGAAAGGCGCUGCUGCGAAGAGUGCAAACCCAUAUGGGAUAUUUUGGGAAAUGAUACCAUAUGA